AUGCAUGUCGCGCUGCCGCCGCUGGUAACAGCGUGCAGCAGUCGCAACAUGACCUCUACAAGUUUUGGUGCGUCUGAACUGGAUCAGUUCUUAGCCGAUGCCGAGCUACGUGUUCGCUUGAUGGAAAGAAGAUUGCGGAAGCUGGCUGCUUGGCAAAAGCGGUUGCAGCAACGAAACGAUGGCGAUUCGGUUCGGCGGUUGCGGCAGGCUGCUGGUCAGCGUCUCGCUGCCGCUUACGUCAUGCAGGCGCUAUUUUCGCUUCUCUUGAUGUUAGAGGGUGAAGAUCCGGAAGUUCACGUCGUCAAAAGAGGUAUGAAGCGUUGCUGCGACUGGGCAAACGUCCUCGAGCUCGACGCUUCCCCGGAUGACUCGCAGCCGGUACCCACCGCCGACGCUAGCGCCUCGGAGGCAGCUGUCUCCUAG